AUGGAGGCGCCGGGGCCCUUUGCACUGGACUGGUACGUCCAGUGGCUCCCCCUGACGCCAGGGGCCGAUUUGAAGCUGUGGCUCUGUGAGCUCUGGCUACUACUGCUGACUUCUGGCUUGAGCGCGGAUUUAUUGCCGCAUGAAGAGGACGUAAAGUUUAUCAAUGAGUACGUGAACCUCCACAAUGAACUCCGAAGCAAGGUCAAGCCCGCAGGGGCUAACUUGCGCUUCAUGACUUGGGAUGUAGCUUUGUCACGGACUGCUAGAGCAUGGGGAAAAAAAUGUGUGUUUGAGCGUAAUACUCAUUUAGAAGAAAUAAAAAUGGCCCAUCCUAAAUUUAAUGGUAUUGGUGAAAAUAUGUGGGUCGGACGUGAAAAUGAAUUUACUGCAAGUAUUGCUAUCAGAAGUUGGUUUGCAGAGAAGGAAAGGUACCAUUUUCGAAAUGGCACUUGCUUUGGUGACUGUUCUAGAUAUAUGCAGCUUGUUUGGGACAAGUCUUACAAAGUUGGUUGUGCUGUUACUCCAUGUGCAAGUAUUGGACGUAUUAAAUAUGCAGCAAUUUUCAUAUGCAACUAUGCACCAGGAGCAACUCUAAGGAGAAGGCCUUAUCAACAAGGAGUAGUUUGUUCUCAAUGUAGCAAAAAUGACAGAUGCACAGAUUUUCUAUGCAGCAAUGAAGAUCGUGACGAAGCCACAUAUUAUCAUUUUUGGUAUCCAAGAUGGGAAGUGCCCCGGCCACUUGUGUGUGACCCACUCUGCUUUUUAACUUUCUUUUUGAGAACACUAACUUUUACAUUAUGUGUCACAAUUGUUUUGAUAGUACAGUCUCAUUUUCCAAAUAUAUUAUUGGAAGAACAGAUGACAUUUCCCCCUGAGGUAACAAAAGGAGAGGAAGAAGAGGAGGAAGAAGAGGAGGAAGAGGAAGAAGAGGAGGAAGAGGAGAAGAAGAGGAGGAGGAGGAGAAGGAUGAAGAUGAGGAUGAAGAUGAGGAUGAAGACAAGGAGGAUUAGAAAGAUGAGGGAUAAGAUAUUACCACCAUCAUAGGACAAAAGUAUAAUACCAAAAAGCAACAUUUAAAAAAAAAGAACUUGAGUUCAAAUAAGAAAAAAAUAUGUACAAGCCACUAUUGCAAUACCUUUUAUUCCCUUCUCAUACUUAUUCAACAAAUUUAAAUUUUAAAAACAAAGAAACAAACAAAAACAUGUAUUUUAUUAAUGUGUAUGGGAAGGAAAGCUCUUGGGAACUAAGAACAUAUAAAGAAGUGAUGAUAGAAACACUAAGAUUUCACUAUGUUGUCCUGAUAAAGGAGAAAAUUCCCAUUUUCUAAAUAUGUUUCUAUCUCUGUGUUUUUAAGAUUUUUAAUGUGUGUUAAUAAAUUUCUCAAGCAUUAAGAUUUACCUGUGAGGUAUGUAAGACCAUUCCAAGUUCAAGACAACCAUUUAAUAGAUAACUUCUGGUUUUGUUGUUUU